AUGUCAUCUCAAUCAGUCACUUCAAAUGUCACUGUUUUAAUUGAUAAUUAUGAUUCUUUUACUUGGAACGUGUACCAAUAUCUCUCUGAACUCGGUGCUGAGGUUCAAGUUUUUCGGAAUGAUCAAACGACUGUUGAGCAUUUAGUUUCACUUAAUCCAAGGAACAUUGUAAUCUCCCCUGGACCAGGUCAUCCAUCAACCGACGCAGGAAUUUCUCGUGAAGUCAUUCAAGUUUUCACAGGAAAGGUUCCAAUUCUUGGGGUUUGUCUUGGCGAACAAUGUAUUUUUGAAGUAUUCGGUGGUAAAGUUAGUUACGCGGGUGAAUUAAUUCACGGUAAAACCUCAGUUAUAAAGCACGACGGCAAAGGGGUUUUUAUCAAUGUACCCAAUGAAAUUUUGGCUACCAGAUAUCACUCUCUGGCCGCACAACCGCAUACCAUUCCCGAAGAAUUGGAAGUUUCUAGUUGGAGCGAUACGGGAGUCGUGAUGGGUGUUAGGCAUCGAGAAUUUACCGUUGAAGGCAUUCAAUUUCAUCCCGAGAGUAUUCUUAGUGAACAUGGAAAAACCAUUCUCCAAAACUUUUUGAAGUUAAAAAGUGGAAAAUGGGAAGAUGAUCCAACGUUUGACGUGAAAGCUCCGCUAGCGAAAUCAUCUGUUCCAAAAAAGUCACUUCCUUCAAUUUUGGAAAAAAUUCGGAAUCAACGAUUGGCCGAUAUAGAAAACGCCAAAAAACAACCUGGUUCAUCUCCAAUUGACUAUAAGAAAUUAUUGUCUCUCCAUGUCGCUCCUCCUUUAAUUGAUUUUGUGGCAAGGGUCAAACAAAACUUAUUAAAGUAUCCGGCUAUUUUUGCUGAGGUUAAGAGAGCAUCACCAAGUAAAGGAAACAUUGAUGUAUCAGUGAAUGCUGCAGAACAAGCACUAACUUAUGCAAAAGCUGGUGCAUCUGUAAUUUCCGUUUUGACAGAGCCAAAAUGGUUCAAAGGGACUUUGAACGAUAUGCGUCAAGUUCGUGACAUUUUGUCAACCGUUCCAAAUCGUCCGGCUAUCUUAAGGAAAGAUUUUAUAAUGGAUACCUAUCAGAUUAUGGAGGCACGUCUUUACGGAGCUGAUACUGUACUAUUGAUUGUCGCCAUGUUAUCAGAUGAGAAACUUACAGAAUUGUACAAAUUUUCCAAAUCCCUGGGUAUGGAACCAUUGGUAGAAGUUAAUAAUGAAGAAGAAAUUACAAGGGCGGUUAAGCUAGGGGCAAAAGUGAUUGGAAUAAACAACAGGAAUUUGCAUACAUUUGACGUUGAUAUGAAUACUACAACUCUUCUUGCCGAAAUGGUUCCUGAUGACGCUAUUUUGGUUGCUCUAAGUGGAAUAACCGGAAGAGAAGAUGUUGUCGGAUAUCUCGAGCAGGGUAUUAGUGGUUUGUUAAUUGGAGAGGCAUUAAUGAGAUCAGAUGAUAAGAGGGCAUUUAUUCGCGAGAUUCUUGCGUUGGAAGAGCCACCAAGUACACUGACGGUUGAACCUGUGACACCUUUGGUGAAAAUUUGUGGAGUUUCAACAGUUGAAGCGGCGAUCUGCGCGGCCGACGCAGGAGCGGAUUUUGUCGGACUAAUAUUUGCAAAAUCAAAGAGACAAAUAUCAAUCGAUCGAGCAUUAGAAAUUGUUACAGUUUUGCGGGAAUUUCAAUUAGAAAGAGGCGCUGAAGCUAAUAUCAAAGGGGAAACUUUUCAAAAAUAUUCACUGCCCGAACAUCAUGAUUGGUUUAAAAUACACGCCCACCGAAUAAACAAGAAUAUAAGAAAACCAUUAAUAGUUGGCGUGUUUCAGAAUCAAUCAUUAGAUGAAAUAAUUAAAGUAGUCGAUUAUCUGAGAUUAGAUUUAGUUCAAUUACAUGGCGAAGAACCACUGGACCUCGCAAGAUUAUUACCUGUACCUGUGAUUAAAACAUUUCAUAUUGACUCUAAUUUUUCAAACUCAGCAUUAGUCACCCAACCUGGCUACAACGAACUAUGUUUGUUGGAUACCAAAGUGGUGAUAUCCGAUCAUUCAAAAGAACAUCAGGGCGGAGCAGGAAUCACAUUUGAUUGGAAAAUAGCAUUGAAUAUUAAGUCAAGUGUAUCAAGAAAUGUAGGAGGAAAACAUGGGUUUCCCAUAAUUUUGGCGGGAGGGUUAACGCCCGAAAAUGUUAAUGAGGCUAUAGAAGUGGCAAAACCUUGGUGUGUCGAUGUAUCAAGUGGAGUUGAAACAGAAGGUGUGAAGGAUUUAGAGAAAAUCAGGGAAUUUAUAAAAAAUGCAAAAUCGAUAGUUUAUGAUGAUGAAGAGUUAAGCGAGGAAGAGGAAGCGGCUACUGAGAAAGUCGAAAAGGAGUUGGAAAAAGAUGACGCUAAAGAUGAUCAAUGA